UGUAAAAAAUGCUGCCCCAGUCACAGCUCAAUCCAAAAUUGCCUCCCCGUGAACUGAAAGAAAGGCUCCUUUUGUAGGGCUAGCCCCUCCCCUCAGAACAAUUAACCCUAAUUAAUUAAGCAAUUAACUGUCAGACCUACAUUUUCCAUUAACUAAACAUACUAAAGUAUAUACAUUGCAACAUGUUUAUGAAACAAUAUCACAACAUAACAGUUACAAAAUUACAUCACUACUGACAGUGUCUUUCAAUAUGCACAUUUACAUUAAUGAGCCAUUUGGGACAGGCACUACAAAGUCAGCCCAAUUCCCUUUACUCGGGUCCUUAUCCAGCAUACCCGGAAGCUACAGAGAUGGAGAGAGGAAGAGAACAAACAAACAACGCGGUCAUCCAUAACAUCGAUAAGGACGUUAAAAUGCUACGGAUUUACUUGUGCUUGAGUGUUGUUGUCAACGUGGCCGUCUCGCAGGAAGCUGAGGAACCCAUCUCAUACACGUGUACAGAUGGCUAUACAUUUGACAUGGAACGACAAGAAUGCAAAGACAUCAACGAGUGUACCACGGUCACCGACGCCUGCAAGGGCGGCAUGAGGUGCAUCAAUCAUUUCGGAGGCUACUUCUGCCUGCCCCAGAAUGCCCAGAUCAUCGUUAGUAAUGGUGACGACGAGCCCACCGUGGCCCCUCUGGUGGAGGAACAGCCUCCUCUGGCACCCGCCCCUGCUUUGCCUGUCCAACGGGUCAUCCAGAGCUCUUUCCAAAGCCAGGGCACCAUGCAGUGUGCUGCAGGGUUCGUGGUGGACGACCUCAACUACUGCCGUGAUGUGAACGAGUGUGAGGGGAGCAAUCCCUGUCAACACCAGUGCUACAACAUCAUGGGCUCCUACAUCUGCCAGUGUGAGCAGGGUUAUGAGCUAGCCUCCAACCAAGCCUCCUGCCAAGAUAUUGAUGAAUGCGCCUUCUCGAGUUACAUGUGCCAGUGGCAGUGUGUGAAUCAGCCCGGAGGGUAUGUCUGUACCUGUCCCGAAGGAUACCAGCUCCAAGGCAACCGAAUGUGCCAAGACAUAGAUGAGUGUGAAACAGGAAACAACUGCCGCGAGGACGAGAUGUGUUGGAACUACUUUGGCGGUUUCCGCUGCUACCCCAGGAACCCUUGCCACGAGCCCUAUGUGAAGACAGGAGAGGGGCGUUGCAGCUGCCAGUCGCUCACAAUUUGCCGAGGCCUGCCGCCGUCCAUCGUCUACAAGUACAUGAGCAUCUCGUCGGAGCGCUCCGUCCCAGCCGACAUCUUCCAGAUCCAGGCCACGAGCGUCUACCCUAACAUGCACAACACCUUCAGGGUCAAGUCUGGCAACGAGGGAGGAGAGUUCAUCCUCAGGCGCUCCAGCAACGUCAGUGCCAUGCUGGUGAUGACCAAGCCGCUAACCGGACCGCGGGAGCAUGUGGUUGACCUGGAGAUGGUCACACACAACAAUGUCCUCAACUACCGCUCCAGCUCUCUGCUCCGGCUCACCAUCAUCGUGGGACCCUAUGCCUUCUAAGUUCCAGUUACAAAUUGCUCUUAGGCACAGAUCUUAAAUCAGUUUACCCGUCCCCAUAUCUCAUAUUAUCCAUUAGAGGAUAAAAGGCAAAACUGGCCUUAGAUCAGUGCCUAGGGGCACUUUCAUCCUACUCAGCCCUCUUACUCCCUCCUAGACCAUCACAAGGCCUAACACUCUCUGUACUGCUUGGAUCUAAUAGAGAUAUCCACAUACUCCCUGCAAGGGUUUCCCAUUCAUGGUCCUUGUCCUGUGUUGGCUAGUUUUCAUUCAAAUGGAUGGCUGUAUAAAUUGGGAUUGAAUGUAUAUUGUCUGAUCUGCUGGUUGAGCACUGGACUGGGUGAAAUUGUUUUGUUUUAGCUCAAAGCGUGUAGUCCUUUCUUGGAGAUGGAACCAUUGGUUAAUUGCAGUGAAAACCAACACCCACACAUAGCACAUACUGGAGGAGCAGGAGGGUGAAAUAGCCAGGCCACGAUAUAGUCACUUUAUGCAUCACUGGCUAAUGAUAACAUUGUAAGAGCAAAACGUGACUUAAACUGAACACAACUCUUUCUUACUCAUCCUUUGCUAAACGUACGUGUUGCACUGUAGCAGGAGAAUGAGUUCUCGUCACAUUUGAAAUCGUUGUGAAAUCUCUCAUUAGUCUAGUCAAGAUGUGUUUUCCUGCAGAGAAAUUACCCCGUGUUUGAAAUCACACUUGCCCUUUUUAUCUUUUACCAUAGUUGCCAAGUGAGGUUCACAAUCGCAUCAUAUCCCCUUUAAGAUCACUGAUUUUGUUUGUUUGGAGAGCUUUUCAUUGAUGUAGUUGAAAAGAAACGUACAGUAAUGCAAUGUGAUGUCAACAUAAAUACCAAUUGUCGUUGAAAAGAGACAUAUCUGUUUCAGUUAUCUUGAAGAGAGAUAAUCUCUAUUGGACGGACUAUGAGCUUCUGACCAAACUACGCGAGAUUUUAGUUCUGGGUUAACCGAGAUUAGAAGAGAGACAAAGGCACCUAAAACAGUCAAGCUUAUUGGUGAAGUGUGAUUUAAUGGGUUACAAGUGUAGUGAUUUGGUGAGGACUGUGAUGGAACCGUUUGCAGUGUGUAGUAAUCCAAUGGCAUCCUUAACGAAUGGAAAUGUAUGAUCACGUCAACCCUCAUCGGAGAGUUGCUCGGCAACCUCUGUCCAAUGGGAAUAAAGCAAUAAUGCUUUUGGACGCAAAAGUGAUAUUUUCAGGAAAUCAUUGGCAGUGUUGUUUGGUCAUAUAGGCAGGGGAAUUGUUGCUUAACAUGUCUGUAUGUGUGCCAGAGUGCCUCUUGAUCCUGCACAGAACUUCCAGUCAGCGAUCUGCCACAAACAGUUAGUCAGGUCAUUUCGACACAGAGUUCCUUUCAUAAGGAGUCAUUGAAUCACAAUUUGAGAUUAACUCUGUUUUUUUAGUAGAGGAUUUGACACCAUGAGACUUUUUAAAAUAAAUAUAAUGUUUGACAAUCAACAAGGAAGCUCAAUUGAAUCAAAAGGUUCCCACUCCGAAUGACAUGCAAUUUCAACUGUGUAUGUACUAUAUAUAGGUAGGUACAGUGUAAGUACAGUAUUCCAUAUCUCUGUGGUUGGAACAGUCAAUUUGAACAAAUGUCUGUUUAUAAAAACUGUUAAAAAGGUAACAGUUGAAGACCUACCAUAAAUAACAAUGUGUACCUACACUGUGGUUGCAAUGUCUAUAUAAUAUACCUAUAUAAUUACCAUGUAGAUACAUAGUUCUGGCAACAAUAUUAUGUGGAAACAAAUGUGGUUACAUUCCAAUAUGAAAAUUAUUUAUUGGGGUGAUAAUAAAAUGUAAUUGAAGACUGAAAAUUGCCAAUAUAAAUGUAUGUCUUAUUUUAUACGAAGGAAGUCCACGUGUAGCUCUAAUAUAUAAAACAUUCAUGCGACUUAACAUUGUUAUAUAUAUUUACACCAAGCACAAGUUUUUCACAGAUUUUGAGAAUAUUCACUUCUUUUUUUUCUUUUUUAAAAUAAAAUAUACAUUU